GCACCUUCACGUCAAAAAAUUAUUUCAAACUUCAUGUGGAGAUUCAAUUAAAAACUUUUUUCUCUUAUUAUUUUUGUCUGAGUAAAAAAUGGAAACCGAAUUCGAGACUAUAACACUUCAAAAUCUAACAAAAUUCGUGACAGAUUGCUUCGUAGCUGCAGCAGUUCCGAAAAACCAUUCCGAAAUAAUGGCUGCCUCUCUUAUCGAGUCAGACCUCAUGGGUCGCAACGGUCAAGGAUUGUUCAUGUUGGAGGAAUGUGUUACGGACGUUCUUUCAGGUCUUAUAGACACUAGAGCCGUACCUAAGAUCGAUAAGGAAUCAUCGGCCACUGCAUGGGUGGAUGGCAAAAAUGCUUUGGGUCCUGUUGUCGCCAAUUUCUGCAUAAAAUUAGCCAUCCAGAAGGCGAAACGAGUAGGAGCGUCGAUUGUCGUUGCCAAGCAUUCUAAUCCAUUUGGUGCUGCUUCACGCUAUACGAAGUUAGCUCUGGACGAAGGACUGAUAGGGUGGGCCUGCUCGAAUACCAGCCCUUACAUGGUGCCAAACAGGGCCAAAUAUGCCAGUAUUGGGACUAAUCCUAUAUCAGUAGGUGCACCUGGUAUAUUUGGUGAUUAUUUUCUCCUCGAUAUGUCGACAAGUGUGGCUUCUCCCAACAGAAUUGCUCUGAAAGGAUUCAGUUCCGAAUAUCUUCCCUUGGGCUAUGCAAUUAACCCCUCAGGCUUAGCAGAAACAGACUCUUAUAUAGCUGCUAAGUAUAAAAAUUUCCUACCUUUGGGUAGCGAAGAGAUUCAUUCUAAUUAUAAGGGAACUGGCCUUUCCCUAAUGAUGGAUAUACUUUGCGGCAUACUUGGGGGGUCGUAUUAUGGCACUGAAGUAGGCAUAGUAGGAACAGACUGCGUGAAGCGAAAGGCCAAUAUCAGUCACUGCUUCAUCAUUGUCGAUCCCAAAUAUUUCGCUUCUGGCUUUGAAAUGAGGAUGACAGAACUUAUGGUCCAUUUGAGGAAUCUGGAACCUUUGGAUCCAGACAAUUGUGUGAGGGUACCAGGUGAUAUGACUAAAGAUAUCGGCAAUAAGGUGAAAGAAUGGGGUGGGAUACGAUAUCCGAAAUUCGUGAUAGAAUCUAUGAAUAAAGUUGCCAAAUUCUUGAGGGUGAAGUGUGUAGAAUUAAUUCCUAAGCCUACCACGAUCGUAUUAACGCCUUCAGAAGAGCUGGCGCAGCGUCUGGAAAUGGAAGAGAAGUCGAGGUCUAUGCAGAAGGAGGAGGAUGCUAGUGUAAGCCAGGAUGUUCCCAUGGAUGAUGAAGUUAGUGACAAAAUAUCCCUGUAUUCGGUGUAUGAGCUGGAUGAAGAUCCUUCUGACUGGAUGUUGAAGUGAUAAGUCAAGAAUAUGCAGAAUUUUAUCAUGGACGUCUAGUGAAGAUUACUAGAAUGUAAGCUAUUAUUGUAAUAAUAAAGAUGGAAACAAUAGGACAACUUAA